CGUCAAGCUCCGGAAGUAGUUGAGAAAGCGGAGGCGCCAGAGUUAGUGUCGGCUGUGGUUUCUUUGGUUCAUCGCCACCAUGGGGAAGCGACAGCACCAGAAGGACAAGAUGUACAUCACCUGUGCUGAGUACACUCAUUUCUAUGGUGGCAGGAAGCCAGAUAUCACACAGACAAGUUUUCGCCGCUUACCUUUUGACCACUGCAGUCUCUCUCUCCAGCCUUUUGUCUACCCAGUCUGCACUCCAGAAGGUGUCGUUUUUGACUUGCUGAACAUUGUUCCCUGGCUUAAGAAGUAUGGAACCAAUCCCAGCAGUGGAGAGAAACUUGAUGGGAAGUCUCUGAUCAAGCUGAACUUUGCAAAGAACAGUGACGGGCAGUACCACUGUCCAGUGCUGUACUCCGUGUUCACCGACAACACCCAUAUUGUGGCCAUCAGGACCACUGGCAAUGUCUACGCCUAUGAGGCAGUGGAGCAGCUAAACAUCAAGGCCAAGAACUUGAGGGACCUGUUAACCGAUGAGCCCUUUUCCAGGCAAGACAUCAUCACCCUGCAGGACCCCACCAAUCUGGACAAAUUCAAUGUUAGCAACUUCUUCCAUGUGAAGAAUAACAUGAGAAUAAUAGAUCCAGAUGAGGAAAAGGCCAGACAAGACCCAUCUUAUUAUUUGAAAAAUACAAAUGCGGAGACUCGAGAGACACUACAGGAGCUCUACAAAGAGUUCAAAGGAGACGAGAUUUUAGCAGCCACCAUGAAGCCACCAGAGAAGAAGAAGGCGGACCAACUGAAUGCCGCCCACUACUCCACCGGGAAGGUCAGUGCGUCCUUCACCUCUACUGCCAUGGUCCCUGAGACCACGCAUGAAGCAGCUGUCAUUGAUGAAGAUGUACUGCGCUACCAGUUUGUGAAGAAGAAGGGCUAUGUGAGGCUUCACACCAACAAGGGUGACCUUAACCUAGAGCUGCACUGUGACCUGACACCAAAAACCUGUGAAAACUUCAUCAAGCUCUGCAAGAAACAGUAUUACGAUGGCACCAUCUUCCACAGGUCCAUCAGGAACUUUGUGAUCCAGGGCGGUGACCCCACAGGUACAGGCACAGGUGGAGAGUCAUACUGGGGCAAGCCCUUCAAAGAUGAGUUCCGGCCCAACCUUUCCCACACAGGCCGUGGGGUGCUCAGCAUGGCCAAUACGGGGCCCAACACCAACAAGUCUCAGUUCUUCAUCACAUUCCGAUCCUGCGCCUACCUGGAUAAGAAGCACACCAUCUUUGGACGGGUUGUUGGGGGAUUUGACACGCUGACAGCUAUGGAGAAUGUGGAGAGUGACCCCAAAACUGACCGUCCUAAGGAGGAAGUGCGCAUCUGCACAACCACAGUGUUUGUGGACCCCUACGAGGAGGCCGACGCCCAGAUUGCCCAGGAGCGGAAGAAGACACAGCAGCAAGCCGCUCCAGAGGCCAAGGUCAAGAUGACUCAGUCCCAGCCUGGAACCCAGGGCCCUCAGACGUACCGCCAGGGGGUGGGCAAGUACAUCAGUCCUGCAGCCACGAAACGAGCAGCAGAGGAAGAGCCGUCCACCAGCACGGCCGCCAUCCCCAUGGCCAAGAAAAGGCCCAGUCGGGGCUUUGGGGACUUCAGCUCCUGGUAGCAGCAGGCUGGCCCCAGGGGCUGAGCUAGGGACGCUUCCAGGUCUGUCCCUGACUUGCUGCCCUUGCUGUCAGUUUGGGCUAUGAGCCAAUAAACCUGUUGUCUACGA